CGUCAAAAUAAAAUUGAAUUGUGUGAAAAGUGUUCGCUGCCGGAUUUUAUUUGGAAGUGAGAGAAUCGGAGAGCGUCAAAUAAAUAAUCUUUAAUAUUUGUAGAAAUCCUUUAAGAAAAUAAUUUAGAAAUAAAUAUAUUUAAAUUGUAGUGCUUCCUUUCUUUAAGUUUUAAUAUUAUUUUCGAUUUUUGCUUAGUUUGUGACAAAAGCAGAAAUUCCAAACAUAGUAUCGGAUAAGUAGAGGACAUUCGCUGGGCGUAAAAAGAAAAUGGCGUGUGCUACUCUCAAAAGAAAUUUGGACUGGGAGUCCAUGGCCCAAAUGCCAGCUAAGAGGCGACGAUGCUCGCCAUUUGCAGCCAGUUCAAGUACAAGUCCUGGAAUUAAGGUGAAUGAAAGCAGACCAUCGUCAUUUGGAGAAUCCGUUAUUGCACCUGCGAAACUGACCCCAGAACGCGUAGCACAAGAGGUCUGGGACGAGUUCAAGCGCCUGCAGCGUCGCGGUCAGCUCCAGCUCAACAACACGUCCUGCUCGACGUCAAGUGGCUCCGAGGGUGACUGCUCACCGCCGCACCACACACAGAAGAUUCGCCACCGUGCACUCUUCACUUUCAAACAAGUGCGCAUGAUCUGCGAGCGAAUGCUCCGCGAGCAGGAGGUGGCACUGCGGAGCGAGUACGAGACCGCGCUCAGCACCAAGCUUGCCGAACAGUACGAGGCCUUCGUACGCUUCAAUCUGGACCAGGUGCAGCGCCGGCCCCCGCCCGCCACGUGUAUGCCGCUCGGCAUGGAUGCAGAGCACCACAUGCACCAGGACCUUGUCCCCAGUUAUCUGUCCUAAUGUGAAAGGCGUCGGCUAUGCGGUAUAAUACUGCAAAUAUAUCAAGACAAACAUAUUUUGGUAUAUGUGAAUAUUAUAUGCGGGAGUAAAGUAUCCUAAUGAAUCAAGACAUUGUGAUUGCUCGUGGAAUCUGACGCUAGCUAAUAUUGCGAAACAUUUUUCAUUUGAACAGUACAGUAUUAUUGUACGCUGAUAGAUGCAGUUCUCCCACCCCAUUUUGUUUUGUUUCAGUUCGGAUUAAAUGCCAAUAGACCUACAAGUUCGCAAUAUUGCCCGCGUAAGAUUCCACAGCUUAGUUCAUGCCACAUACACAUAAUUAGCUUUUAAUGCUUUAGGUAAGGUACGCUGGAUAAUUGUGUUCAUAGACUGAGGAUCGACGACUUGUGGCCAGACUUGACACUUAUUUUAGUUCUGGCCCAUAAUUGUAUUGGAAAACGGGUUUGUUAACAGAAUUAUGUCAAAACAGUAAAGCCAACUAUACAUUUGUAUUUUGUAUAUUUUCUAAAGUAAUGUUACAGAACCUGUAGUUUACAUAUUAUAACACGAGUAAUAAAUUCACUCAGAGUGCCUCUUAAUCAUUUUCCUCGAAAGUGCGAAUUAGUUAGCCAUAAUUUUUUUGAUUGACGAUUAUUUUUACUGUACUUUUCUUUAUAGUGUUGUCGAAUUAUAGUUGUAGUUCGUAAAUUAUAUUUGAUUGUAUGUUAGGGCGCGUUGAUCCCCGCCCAUAGCUCUUAUGAGAUGGCCUCUUGUAUCAAACAGUUUGGUAUACCUUUAGUAAUCUAUAUACGAUGUAUUCUUAUCUAUAAUGGCUAUCUCUAGCCAAAUCAUAUUUAACUACUACUGAACUUAUUUCCUCGAAAUUAACUCACUGAUACAUGGCUUUUAGAGAAUGAUUAAUUAGCUUUAUUUAAAUUUUUAAGUUAUUUUUUUCUCAGUAAUGUAUUUGAUGAAACUGCGACGAUGUUGACGGACACUGUAGCCGAGAAUACUGUGUUCGGCUAAACAUUAUUGGGUUUGUUUUAUAAUAAUUGUUUAGUUAGUAACUUUUUAUUGAAUACAAAAAACGAUAUUUGUUACCAAGCAUUAUUCAAUAAAAAUUAGGAUAGGACUUUUUUUAAAUUGUAUUAUCAGCUCUUUAUUGUAGGUUAUUGGCGAUUAAGAACUGAAAAUAAAUUAGCUAAACACCCAUAA